AUGAUAUCAAAUUGUGUCAUGGUGCAUUUUGUGGUGUUGUUGCUGCACAGUCAUCCGUCUCAAAAUGGCAUAUUAGCGCGAAAUAUACACACAACCACCGAUAUCAUUCUGAGAGACAUCCGUAAUGCUUUCAAAACAGUUACCAACAAUACCAAUCUCAUAAAUCGUAUUAUACCCCAGAUGUACGAGCCCAUAACGCCACCAUCAAACAUGAUUUUUCAAUUCAAUAUACCAGAUGAUGGUGUAAAAGACGGUUCUUUAACAUGGACGAUGAGACGAAGUGAUCUAGUUGACCCAGUUUUCCCUAAUCUAACAAUGGAGUACAUGCGUGCGCAAUUAAAUAAAAACCGCUUAACGUUAUAUACAAGCGAACGUCUGAAUAAUGAAGGAACAACUACUGUAAGUGAGGAAGCCAGUACAAGUAUUUGGAGUUCACUAGGACUGGAUGGAUGGUCUGGUGCUGUUGCUCCAGCUGUUGUUGCGCCAGAUACAAAUGACGAAUAUCCAAACAGCGAAAUCCUUGUAGAUUUGGAGAACGUAGGGAAGGAAUCUGAUGAUGACAAUGUAUAUAUCGCACGUGUUAACGAUCCUUUUGGUACCUCUGUCAAAUGGGAAUUUAGAAAUUCGACCGGUCGAGUAAAACGCGAUGUGCUUACCCUAUACUCCAUGAUACAAUGUUCUACCGGUUGCCAGCCCUUCGUAUACAAAGGAUAUGGUUGUUACUGUGGAUUUUCAGGUGCUGGUGUUCCCGUUGAUGGCAUCGAUAGCUGCUGCAGAGUCCACGACAAAUGUUACGAAUACACUAAUUGUAUAUCGUAUUUAGAAUAUUUUGUGCCAUAUAUUUGGAAGUGUUAUCGACGAAAACCAUUAUGUGCUGUAGACCAUGGAGAAUUCGGAGGUCCUGGCUCAUGUGCAGCGCGACUAUGUCAAUGUGAUAUUCAGUUGUCGCGCUGCUUACGGAGAUUCACUUGUCCCAGGCGUAAAGCGGUGUGUUUCAGCUCGAAAGCCAGGCGUUUUCAAAAUUUACUACUUACGUUUUAGAUGUAAAUAUUUUGAGAAUAUAUAGACUGUUAAUAUAGUUCUUCUUUUCAUCCUUUUUCAAACAAAAAUAAACGAUGGAACAAAAGAAAAUUAA